ACACUGUAUUUUUGUGGGCACAUUUCACACGCAUAAUCAAAAAUGCUGAGAAAUAAUAAAUCAUCAUUUAGAAUUACGUUGUCGCUUGUCUUUUUGCUAUACGCACUUGGUUCAUCCAUCAAAUACAUUCACUUAUUACAUCCCAUUGAACACUACAAAUACAAUUAUUCACAACCAGUUGACGUGAAUGAAGCUCUUGCUCAUCAGAUCGAUAACCAGCAAAUCCGAUCUGUCAUUCUAUAUGCUACUGGAAUAUGUGUGUUGAUUUCGGGUGACAUCUUACUGAGCUACUCUGUGUUGUAUUUAAUCGUGAGACGUGUGUACAAGUCAGUGAUUCGAACAGGGGAGAUGAACGUUUGUGGUUUCACAAACUAUUGUUCAACAACACUGAACGAUCUUCAUGAUAAGUCGAUAUAAGCGAAGCAGUGUUGAACAGGAUUGACCUGAUCGAUGUAUUGAUGUAGUUAUCUUGAUAAAUGUUUCACUUUUUUGAAUUUGAACUGUGCUUUUCGCAUCUGAUUUUGUUGGGUCCUUGUGCACCAUUUUGUUUUAUGUGAACAAUAAAUGCAAUGACGGAAUGUAUUUUUGCAGGAUUUCCGAAUGAGGAUUCUAUUUUUGUGCGACAAUCGGUCUAAUGAGUCGUUCGUUCAUCACCUCAGGAUGGGAAAUGACACUUGAGGAAUGGUUUGUCUUAUGUUUUCUUAAUCAAAUGUUAUCAAAGUAAAUUUGUCUCAAUGCUCAGUGUUUAAUGGAAGAGGACAAGUAUGUAAGGGUGAUUAUUGGAACACGGAAGAGUUGAUGUGUGACAGUAUGGAUUUCAUUGACGAUAGAAUAGACGUCAAUCGUCUGGAAAACCGUGUUUAGUAGUGUCAGAUAAUGUAAUGUGAACCUGUGGUAUUUGUACGAACCAAUGCUCCUUUGCAUUUGAUUCAGUGUACAUCUCGAUUUCCAAAUACAAAACGUUCAUUUGUGCUCA